AUGAAGACCCGCUUCCAAAAUUUAAGAGAAAUUGCCAUCCCACUACCAAGAGACAAAUCAACAAAAGAAAAAUUUGUUGAUUGCAAAUAUGAGUACCUCAGUGAUGCAAGCGAUCAUUCUAAUUCUGCUUCAACAAUUGAGUCUCCUUCUCACAAAUUCCUCAAAUUGAAGAGAAAAAGAAACAGAAAGUCAGAACACCAAGUCAAAAUUCUUAAAGAAGAAUACAAGAUUAACCCUAUUUGGUCCAAAGAAAAAGUUGUAGAACUUGCAAAAAUUACUCAACUUAGUGAGUGUCAAAUUUAUAAGUGGGCUUGGGACUAUAAGAAAAAGUUAUAUCAAAUAUUUUUAAAUAAAGCCGCUAUUUUUAGAUGCUAAAAUAAUUUUUUAUGCUUUUAUCGUCAAAUAAAAAGCCAAAACAGUAUUAUAUAUAAUAAAUUAUCAUAAAAAAAGAUGGCAUUUUAGAAAGCUCAAUCAAGCUAGAAUGUGAGGAAACCCUCGUCCCAAGCAUGCUUGAAUAUGAAUUAUUCAUGAUUCAAAGGCUCUAUAAGAGCUGCACAAUAAACUCUAUUGGCGGCCCAAAUCACUGUGUAUCAAGUCUCUUUGCAUUUUAA